CCUCAGAGGAACCCUAGCUGGUUCAGCUGACGCCGCACUCCACGUGACGCUGCCGCCGAGUGAACAUGGCUUCCACUGUGCGCCCUUCCUUCUCCCUGGGGAAUGAGACCCUGAAGGUGCCGCUGGCACUCUUCGCCCUGAACAGGCAGCGCCUGUGUGAGAGGCUGAGGAAGAAUGGAGCUGUACAGGCCGGCUCAGCUGUCGUGUUGCAGGGCGGGGAAGAGAUGCAACGAUACUGCACCGAUACCUCCAUCAUCUUCCGCCAGGAGUCCUUCUUUCAUUGGGCCUUCGGUGUCAUCGAGUCAGGCUGCUAUGGUGUCAUCGAUGUGGACACUGGAAAAUCAACCCUGUUUGUGCCCAGGCUUCCUGAUAGCUACGCCACCUGGAUGGGAAAGAUCCAUUCCAAGGAGUAUUUCAAGGAGAAGUACGCUGUGGAUGAUGUCCAGUACACGGACGAGAUUGCCAGUGUCCUGACCUCACGGAACCCCUCCGUCCUCCUCACUUUGCGUGGUGUCAACACAGACAGUGGCAAUGUCUGCAGGGAGGCCUCCUUCGAGGGCAUUAGCAAGUUCAAUGUCAACAACACGAUUCUUCACCCAGAGAUCGUGGAAUGCCGAGUGUUCAAGACAGACAUGGAACUAGAGGUUUUGCGCUACACAAAUCGGAUCUCCAGCGAGGCCCACCGUGAGGUAAUGAAGGCUGUAAAAGUGGGGAUGAAGGAAUACGAGAUGGAAAGCCUGUUCCAGCAUUAUUGUUACUCUAGGGGUGGCAUGCGCCACACCUCUUACACCUGUAUCUGCUGCAGCGGUGAGAACGCGGCCGUGCUGCACUAUGGCCAUGCCGGGGCCCCCAAUGACCGGACGAUCAAGGAUGGAGAUAUUUGCCUGUUCGACAUGGGUGGAGAGUACUACUGCUUUGCUUCUGACAUCACCUGCUCCUUCCCUGCCAAUGGCAAGUUCACAGAGGACCAGAAGGCCAUCUACGAAGCAGUGCUCAGGAGCUGCAGAACUGUCAUGAGCACUAUGAAGCCAGGGGUCUGGUGGCCUGAUAUGCACCGGCUGGCUGACCGUAUUCACCUGGAGGAACUGGCACGCAUUGGCCUCCUGAGAGGCAGUGUGGAUGCCAUGCUCCAGGUCCACCUGGGAGCAGUAUUCAUGCCACAUGGACUUGGCCACUUUCUGGGCCUAGAUGUGCACGACGUGGGAGGCUACCCUGAGGGUGUAGAGCGCAUCGAUGAACCUGGCCUGCGAAGCCUGCGUACGGCAAGGCACCUGGAGCCGGGCAUGGUGCUGACUGUGGAGCCAGGCAUCUACUUCAUUGACCACCUCUUGGACCAGGCCCUGGCAGACCCAGCCCAAGCCUGCUUCUUUAACCAAGAGGUCCUGCAGCGCUUUCGCAACUUUGGUGGGGUGCGGAUCGAGGAAGACGUCGUCGUGACUGACAGUGGCAUGGAGCUGCUGACAUGUGUACCCCGGACUGUGGAGGAAAUCGAAGCAUGCAUGGCAGGCUGCGACAAGGCCUCUGCGUCCUUCUCUGGCCAAAAGUAGAGCCAGCUGAGACACUCAGUGAGACCGGGCCCUGGCCUUGUAAGCUCUGUGAUGUCAGCUGGCCCAUGGCACCCCAAUAGCAAGAUCCUGGAGCUCACAUUUGAUCCUACCAAAACCACCGCUGCUGUUUCUGCAAGAUCACAUCCCUAACUUUGAUUCUGCUUAAAUGAUAGGGACUUAAGAGUGCUGAUUGAAGAAGGAUCCUGUUCUUAAGUCAUAACUCUAUUUUUGUGCUCAGGGAAGAUGCAUUGGUAUCUUCCCCCCCCCCCCAAAAAAAAAAAAAA